AUGGAGAAAAUCACAAAGAAAAUUUUUGUGGGAAGCAUUCCUCACACCGUCACGGAGGAAGAGCUGCGGAAGAAGGCCGAAGAGCACGGCACAGUUACCGCGUUGUUUUACAUGAAGGAUCAGACGGCCGGCGACCGCGGCUGGGCGUUCGUCACCUACGAGACGGUUUACGACGCGCAGAACGCCAUCGAAGCCUUGAAUGAAAAGCGGCCUUUUUCUCAGGACGAUUCUGGACCGGCGCUGGAGGUGCGGUUCGCGAACCAGAAGCCAAGCUCAAAUUCGUCCACUUUCCAGAACAAACCUGCGGCGACUUCGACUGCUCAAUCAGCGCAGAAUGGCAAGAAUACUUCACUCCUGAAGGCCACGCCUACUACUACAACACCGUACUUUGAAAAGCCGGCCGCCGUCGCUCCGCGUUCUUGCGUGGGCAUGAUGAAUCACGCGGCGACGCGCUUCGGUCCUCCUGGCAGCAAUGUCUUCGUGGCGAAUCUUUCUUACGAGUGGAACGAUAUCGAUCUCAUUCAGCACUUUCAACACUUUGGCAACAUUUUGUCGGCGCGCAUUCAAAGAGGCAUGGAGGGAAACAGUCGAGGCUUCGGGUUCGUCUCCUUCGACAACCCGCAAGCGGCAGUGAAUGCGAUACGCGGCAUGAACGGAUUCAGCUGUGGUGGACGGUUUAUGCGAGUCUUCCUCAAAAAAGGAGAGGAAAACUACCUCACUGCAGGUAAUCAAAUGACGUGCAUCCUAAGCUUUCUUCCUUUUCUGUGUUCUCUCUGUUCGUCUCUGCGUCUUCCCUACGUUCUUGUCUCGAUCCUGUGUGCUUUUCCGUCGAGCGCUCGGCACUUGGCCGUGCUGUUUUGCGGUGUCUCGCUGUUCUGGUUUUCGUCAAGGGAGUAG